AUGGCGUGGAAAGCAACAUGGAAGUCUGAGGAGAGAAUGUGGAGUACUGGGGAUGGGGAGCAUCAGCAUCCGAUGGAGAUGGAUGAUAUCUUCGACCUGGAUCGAGCUCUUGUCCCGCCCGAGUUGGCAGUGGAGGAGAUCUCCUUAUGUACUGAUGGAAUGGAGUCAUAUGAGUCUCUGAUAUCCAAUAUGCCCACCGUUGUUGUCGUCUCCGCCUCAACUGAUAAUUUUUGUCCCGUUUGCAUGGAAGAAUUAAUCCACCACAAUCACCCCCAGCAACCGCAAUUAGCCGCAACAGAAGGCGCACAAGAAGAAGAAGAAGCAGCCAAGCAGAUGCCAUGCGGCCACGUCUUCCACUCGUCUUGUAUCUCCACUUGGCUCUCCCUCCAUCGAUCUUGUCCACUCUGCCGCCACCUCUUACUCAGUUGA